CAGGACUCGAAUAGUUCUUCUUCGCAUGUAUGGCCACGCUUUAGGAUGGAUCCCACCAUCUAACCCCGAUCCCAUCAUUAGUAAAGAUUAAAAAGAUGCAUGUAUCCUUACGAGUGAGAGAUGUGCUUCAAUCCCGGAUCAGAUCCAUUUGUCCAUAUUUCUUCUUCCUUCAUAGUUUGGAUUAUCAUCGUCAACCCCUGGUUCCCUGGCAUUGUCGUUGUUUUGUAUAUUCCUUCUUCAGUAACCAUGUCCAUAGAAGAGAUCCCGAUCUCUAUCCCCCCAGCGACGGCCAAACGUGCCUCAGAUGCAACGAGUUUCAGUGAUACAACAUGGGCUGAAUCAGAGAGGAUGUCAUUCCCAAACGGCCUGCCAGAGAAGGUCGAGCAGUCAUAUCUGGAAAAGGAGAAAGCUCAGCCAGGGCCGUUUGAUGUCGAAGCUCAGAUCCCAAGAAGAUCACCGAGCAGAUUCGCUUCGAUCCGAUACACCAUCCUCGACAUCUACCGCCGCCUCUUCACACUUGUAUUCUGUGCCAACCUGGCCGUCUUCAUCUAUAUCAUGGCAAAGGACCGAACCCUUCUCGCCCUCGUAAACGCUGCGGCUGCCAACGUGCUGGCAUGUGGUUUGGCCCGGCAGCCUCUGGUCGUGAACUCCAUCUUCUUCAUCGCGUGCUCGAUACCAAGGUCCGCUCCACUGAGGCUGCGUCGAAUAGCAGCCAAGGUAUACCACUAUGGAGGCGUCCAUAGCGGAUGCGGAAUCGCCGCCUUCGUCUGGUACGUGGGCUUCGUGGGACUCAUGUCGAGGGAAUACUGGUUCCCUCCCGGAGGCAAAGGGUUCAUAUCCGUAGCCCCCAUGAUCCUGGGCUAUCUCAUCCUAUUCCUCCUCCUGGCAAUCAUCAUCGUCGCCCACCCGAAAUUCCGCGUCAAGAUGCACGACUAUUUCGAGCUCACGCACCGCUUCUCCGGCUGGACAGUGGUAGCCCUCUUCGUGGUCCUCCUCCUCGUCUUCGCCGACGAAACCAGCAAAGCCCAAAACCAGCCCCUCGGCACCUUCAUCCUCAAACUCCCCGCCUUCUGGUUCCUAAUGGUAACCGUCGUCUCCAUCGUGCACCCCUGGGCACUGCUCCGCAAAGUCAAGGUCCAAUCCGAAUACCUCUCCCCGCACGCAGUCCGCCUGCAUCUCGACCACACCACCACCACCUUCGGCAAGGGCAUCCAGCUCUCCAAACACCCCCUCCAAGACUGGCACGGGUUCGCCACCUUCCCCGACCCCUCAGGAAACAGCUUCUCCUGCCUCGUCUCCAAAGCCGGCGACUGGACCGCAGCCUGCAUCAAGGAACAGCCCACGCAUCUCUGGAAGCGGGGCGUGCUCAUCUACGGCUUCGCAUACGCAAUGCGAGUCUUCAAGCGCGUUAUCGUCGUCACGACGGGCUCAGGAAUGGGCCCCUGUCUUUCCUUCCUGGGCGACGAGAACCGGCCCCAGCUCCGCGUUGUCUGGCAGACUCGUGCGCCGAAGCGUACGUACGGCCAGGGCGUUCUCGAUCUCGUGGCCAGGAUGGAUCCCAACCCGGUUAUCAUUGAUAGUAACUCGUCCGGGCGGGUCGAUAUGGUGCCUAUUAUCCGGCAGCUGGUGGUGGAGUUUGAGGCCGAGGCUGUCUGUGUCAUCAGUAACCCGGUUGUGACGAAGAAGGUGGUGUAUGAGCUCGAGUCGACGGGGGUGCCGGCGUUUGGGCCGAUUUUUGAUUCAUGAUGAUGACGAUGAUAAUGCUUUAUGUUUGUUUGUUUGUUUUCUGUUUAUGUCAGUUCUUCAGCAAGGAGUGUGGAUUGUGUAUUUUGAAGUGUGGGAUGUCAAAAGCAAAGCAGAGGGAAAAGAGAAAGGAGAGCAAGUUCUCAGAGGGUGAGAAAGAGGGGGGAGCCUUGUCAUUGUAUAUACUGUAGAUUGUAGAACACUACACCAAGUACUCUACACAACGCCGAAAUAUCACCCUCCAAGACAGGCUUCCCUCGCCUUACUUGUUUCUAGCCAUCCAUGCAAAAAGGAGCAUUCUCUAGAUGUUGUAUCCAGUCCUGUGGGAUCUUGC